AUGCCGCUGCUCCCCUACGCCGACUCCACCCCGCCCUCGUCCCCCGCAUCCCGCUCGUUCAACCCCCGGUACAUGCCCUACUUCGCGCACAAGCGUCGUCUGUUUGUCACCGCCUGCCUGUCCCUCGCCGUGAUUGCUCUAGUGUCUUUCUCUUUCACUACUCUCGGAACACAUGAGGGGUCUCUCGCGGUACCCGUAUCCGAGCACUCUCAGCCGUCCUUGGACGUCGAUCUUUCGCUCCCGGUCUCCCAUGACCAGCCUCCAGAACCGGCCGCGGAGCCUGAGCCACUGGAGGAAGAGGAAGAGACGCCUGAGUACUCCCCGCUCGUACUUGGCGCCCCUACCCAGAGCUUCCGGGAUAACCUGCGAAACGACACCAAGUACAUCACCUCUUGGAUAUCUGCGGGAUGGACAAACGAUAUUAUGACGUACGCGAACCUCAUAUACCUCGGCCAGAUUACGGACCGCGUGCCGGUCGUCGGCAUGUUCACGCCCUCUCACAUCGGCGGCGACGUGCCCCCAAUCAUGUUCGGGGAGGUUUUCGACGUGCCGCGAUUCAACGAGGAAUCCGGCAUCCAAAUCGUCGAGUGGUACGAGGUAAAAGAUCCCGAGAGCCAAGUGGUCGACGACCUCGGCUGCUGGAACGUCUGGGAGGCCGUCCAAUAUAACGAACACCACCCACGAGGCAGCGUGGUGCCAGAGCAGUGGCUCAAGCUCGACAUCUCGUAUACGAAGGCGCCCGGCUGGAUAAAGCAGAUCCCGGAUUACCAGCACGACCUGUGCAGCACCUUCUGGUCGCUGGCGCGCCUCAGUUUCCCAGAGGAACGCGCCAAGAACAUCGGGAACCCCCUGCCCUCCCCGGUGCACAACGCGACUCUGGACCCGGACGAGCAUAUGCUCUGCUUCGAUUACCUGUACUACGCGUGUGCCCAGCAGUCUACCGACUUGGAGCACGACUAUGCGCCGACUUGGAGAAACGUCCUGCGUCACCUGCAUUGGACGGAGCGCAUCGAGACGGUCGCCGGACUCUUCGUGCGCCAAGUAUUCGAUUUGCCUCCAGAAGCCGAAUUGCCGCCGUACAUCGCCAUCCACGUGCGCCACGGCGACUUCGCGAACUGGUGCUGGGCGGCGGAGAAGCCCGAGGACUGCUUCGCGCCGCUCCCCGUCAUCGCGCGCCGCGUCAGGGAAGUGCAGGAAGAGCUGCUGGCACGCAAGGGGCUCGACAUCCCGAUGACGCGCGUGAUCAUCACGAGCGACGAGAAGGACCCCGCGUGGUGGGAGGAGGUGCGCGCGCUCGGGUGGCGCACGCUCGACCACGAGGCGGCAGGCACGGCGGAGGCGUUCGGGCGGUGGUACCCCGUCAUCCUCGACGCGGCGAUCCAGUCUGGGGCGCACGGGUUCGUGGGCACGGACCGCUCGACGUACUCGAUCGUGUCGCGCAGACGGGUCGAGAGCUGGCACGACGGCGCGACGCGCAUGGUGCUGUGGGGGUACAAGGGCGCGGACGACCAUUAA